GCAAUCCUUCUCUUCUUCAAACUUUAUAUAAACCAAAUGUUUUUGUCCAAACAAGAGAGACUCUUUUAUCAAUAGUUCUUGCGAUUUUAUUUUAAUUCUUUUUGGGAAUACGAGAAUUAAUAUAUUUGUUGUUUUGGAAGAGAAGAUAUGGCUGAUCAUCAAAGAAUCCAUCCGGUUCAAGACCCUGAGGUGGUGGAGCCGGUGCCGCCCCAUAAGCCCACCGCUCCGUUGGUGGAACGAGGCUCGUCCCGGUCAGAGAAUGGCGAUCCCGAGAGACAGUAUCCGCCGCCGCUCCGCCGUGGGAUUCCAUAUGAGCCCUUGAAGCCACCAAGGAGGAGAAGUUGCUGGAAGAAGUGCUUGUGUUGGACUCUAGCUCUUGUGAUUGUCCAGCUCAUAAUUCUUGGCAUUUUGGCUGCAAUUGUGUACUUUGUUUUCCAGCCCAAAAUACCAAAAUACUCAGUGGAUGCCAUGAGGAUCACUCAGUUCAAUCUCGGCAAUGAUAACAGCUUGUCUGCCACAUUCAAUGUCAAUAUCACUGCAAGAAAUCCAAACAAGAAGAUUGGAAUUUAUUAUGAAGGUGGGAGCCGUUUGAGUGUGUGGUACACAGGUACAAAACUCUGUGAAGGCUCAUUGCCGAAGUUCUAUCAGGGCCAUCGCAACACCACCCUGCUCAGCCUGACGCUGGCGGGGCAAACGCAGGAUGCUGCCGGGCUGCUGCAGUCCUUGCGGGCGGAGCAGCAGACCGGAAGCAUCCCGCUGAACCUCCGGGCCAGAGUUCCGGUGAGGCUGAAACUUGGGAAGUUGAAGCUGAUGAAAUGGAAGUUCUUGGUGAGGUGCAGACUGGUGGUUGACAGUUUAGCUGCAGAUAACGUUAUAAGGAUCAGAGAUAGCAGCUGUAAAUUUAGGUUUAGGCUUUGAGUUCUACUCAUUUCUCUUGCUAUACAUCUAUCUGUUUCUCUCAUACUGGAUUAUUUGUUUGAGGUUGGUCUCUUGAUUUUUUGAUGAUCUUGUUCUGUUGGUCAUAAAUGGAGGGCUAUAUGUAUUGUUUUGCACUCCAUAUAUAUGAUGUUGUUGGCCAUGGGCCCUGAUGUUUUUCACUA